AUGUCUGAACAAAAUAAUCAAGAUGAAAACGGUACUGGUGCUGCAACAGAGCAAAAUCCAAUGGUUCAACGUAUAUCACUUGAAGUAAAACGUCGUGAGCCAAGUUCAAUCAAAGAACUUGUAUUAGAUAAUUGUGCACGUUGUUAUUCGAUUCAAGGCUUAACCGAUGACUUUUCAAACUUACGUGUUCUUUCCAUAAUCAAUGUGGGUUUGCAAUCACUUGCUAAAUUUCCUAAAUUGCCCAAACUUCGAAAACUUUAUCUCAGCGAUAAUCGUUUAAGUGCAGGCUUGGAGAAUCUCGAGGGAUGUCCAAAUUUAACGUUGCUGAUACUUGCCGGAAACAAAUUCAAAUCAAUUGAUGAUCUCAAACCAUUAGGUAAAUUACCAAAAUUAUCUGUCCUUGAUUUGAUGAAUUGUGAGGUGACUAACGUCGAUGGAUACAAAGAAACAAUGUUUAACAUGUUACCACAACUAAAAUAUUUGGAUAAUGCAGAUAAAGAUGGAGUUGAAAAAGAUAGUGAUGACGAGGAUGAUGAUGACGAUGAAGAAGAAGAAAAUGAUAAUGAAGACGAUGAUGACGAAGAAGACGAGUACGAAGAGGAUGACAGUAAAACUGGUUUGAAAGCUUUAUAUAAUGGAACACUUGAAGAAGGCGAUGAUGACGAAGAAGAAAGCUAUGAAGGAAACAGUGAAGAAGAGGAAUCAGACGAAGAUGAUGAUCUUUCUGAAGGUGAUGUUUCAGCUGGUCCUGUUGAAGAAGCACCAAAAGGCGAAAAACGCAAACGAAACGCUGAUAAUCAAGAAGAAAAUGAUGACGGUCCUCAACGUAAAAAUUAA